AUGGCUGAGCCCCUCACUAGUGACUCGGAGGAUGAAAAGCGAAUCAAACGGGCUGUAAAAGAGGGCAAGCAGCUGAAAAACGAGAAAGCAGCCGAGGCGGUACGGUUCAAACCAAAUAAGCAAAUACGCGCUCCGGAAAGGCACAGUUUUGGAGGCAACACGAGGGCAUCAUAUUCGCAGUCUUCACGUGACAACCGCAUGAGCGCUAUGACGUGUUUUCGUUGCUUCAAGCCAGGUCACCUCGCGAGAGAGUGUCGGACAGCAAACGCCCGAUUCGUUAUUGGUAGUACACCCCAAGCUAACCAAAACGAUAACUGA